AUGCCUGCGCCCGGCGCCCUCCUCCUGCUCGCGGCCGUCUGCGCCUCCGGCUGCCUGGCGUCCCCGGCCCAGCCCGAUGGAUUCGCCAUGGGCCGGGCCCCUCUGGCUCCUCCCUACGCCGUGGUCCUCAUUUCCUGCUCCGGCCUGCUGGCCUUCAUCUUCCUCCUCCUCACCUGUCUGUGCUGCAAACGGGGGGAUGUGGGUUUCAAGGAGUUCGAGAACCCGGAAGGCGAGGACUGCUCCGGGGAGUACACUCCUCCGGCCGAGGAGACUUCCUCCUCUCAGUCGCUGCCUGAUGUCUACAUCCUCCCGCUGGCCGAGGUCUCCCUGCCCAUGCCUGCGCCGCAGCCUUCACACUCAGACAUGACCACCCCCCUGGGCUUGAGCCGCCAGCACCUCAGCUACCUGCAAGAGAUUGGCAGCGGCUGGUUUGGGAAGGUGAUCCUGGGAGAGAUUUUCUCCGACUACACCCCAGCCCAGGUGGUGGUGAAAGAGCUCCGAGCCAGCGCGGGGCCACUGGAGCAACGCAAGUUCAUCUCGGAAGCACAGCCAUACAGGAGCCUGCAGCACCCCAACGUCCUGCAGUGCCUGGGCCUGUGUGUGGAGACGCUGCCCUUCCUGCUGAUCAUGGAGUUCUGCCAACUGGGGGACCUGAAGCGGUACCUCCGGGCCCAGCGGCCCCCCGAGGGCCUGUCCCCCGAGCUGCCCCCGCGGGACCUGCGCACCCUGCAGAGGAUGGGCCUGGAGAUUGCCCGGGGGCUGGCGCACCUGCACUCGCACAACUACGUGCACAGCGAUCUGGCCCUGCGCAACUGCCUGCUGACCUCUGACCUCACUGUGCGCAUCGGAGACUACGGGCUCGCCCACAGCAACUACAAGGAGGACUAUUACCUGACCCCGGAGCGCCUGUGGAUCCCGCUGCGCUGGGCGGCGCCCGAGCUCCUCGGGGAGCUGCACGGCACCUUCAUGGUGGUGGACCAGAGCCGCGAGAGCAACAUCUGGUCCCUGGGGGUGACCCUGUGGGAGCUGUUUGAGUUCGGGGCGCAGCCCUACCGCCACCUGUCGGACGAGGAGGUCCUGGCCUUCGUGGUCCGCCAGCAGCACGUCAAGCUGGCCCGGCCGAGGCUCAAGCUGCCCUACGCCGACUACUGGUAUGACAUCCUGCAGUCCUGCUGGCGGCCGCCCGCCCAGCGCCCCUCGGCCUCUGACCUCCAGCUGCAGCUCACCUACCUGCUCUCGGAGCGGCCCCCCCGGCCGCCCCCGCCGCCGCCCCCGCCCCGAGACGGCCCCUUCCCCUGGCCCUGGCCCCCGUCGCACAGCGCGCCGCGCCCCGGGACCCUCUCGUCCCCAUUCCCGCUUCUGGAUGGCUUCCCAGGGGCUGACCCCGACGACGUGCUCACGGUCACGGAGAGCAGCCGCGGCCUGAACCUCGAGUGCCUAUGGGAGAAGGCCCGGCGGGGGGCAGGCCGGGGUGGGGCGGCGCCCCCCUGGCAGCCCGCGUCCGCGCCACCGGCCCCCCACGCCAACCCUUCCAACCCCUUCUACGAGGCGCUGUCCACGCCCAGCGUGCUGCCCGUCAUCAGUGCCCGCAGCCCCUCCGUGAGCAGCGAGUACUACAUCCGCCUGGAGGAGCACGGCUCCCCCCCGGAGCCCCUCUUCCCCAACGACUGGGACCCUCUGGACCCAGGCGUGCCUGCCCCCCAGGCCCCGCAGGCCCCCUCCGAGGUCCCCCAGCUGGUGUCCGAGACCUGGGCCUCCCCCCUCUUCCCAGCGCCUCGGCCCUUCCCGGCCCAGUCCUCCGCAUCAGGCAGCUUCCUGCUGAGCGGCUGGGACCCCGAGGGCCGGGGCGCAGGGGAGACGCUGGCGGGAGACCCUGCCGAGGUGCUGGGGGAGCGGGGCACCGCCCCUUGGGCCGAGGAGGAGGAGGAGGAGGAGGAAGAGGGCAGCUCCCCGGGGGAGGACAGCAGCAGCCUUGGGGGUGGCCCCAGCCGCCGGGGCCCCCUGCCCUGCCCCCUGUGCAGCCGCGAGGGGGCCUGCUCCUGCCUGCCGCUGGAGAGGGCAGACGCUGUGGCCGGCUGGGGGGGGCACCCUGCCCUUGGCUGUCCCCACCCCCCCGAGGACGACUCGUCCCUGCGGGCAGAACGGGGUUCCCUGGCCGACCUCCCCCUGGUCCCCCCCGCCUCGGCCCCCCCCGAGUUUCUGGACCCCCUCAUGGGGGCGGCGGCGCCCCAGUACCCCGGGCGGGGGCCACCUCCCGCUCCCCCCCCCCCGCCGCCACCUCCUCCCCGGGCAUCCGCGGACCCGGCCGCGUCCCCCGACCCCCCGUCGGCCGUGGCCAGUCCCGGCUCAGGCCUGUCCUCUCCGGGCCCCAAGCCGGGGGACAGCGGCUACGAGACCGAGACCCCUUUUUCCCCCGAGGGAGCCUUCCCAGGUGGGGGGGCGGCCGAGGAGGAAGGGGUCCCUCGGCCACGGGCUCCCCCCGAGCCACCCGACCCAGGAGCGCCCCGGCCACCCCCAGACCCGGGUCCCCACCCGCUCCCAGGGACCCGGGAGAAGCCGACCUUCGUAGUGCAAGUGAGCACAGAGCAGCUGCUGGUGUCCCUGCGGGAGGACGUGACAAGGAACCUCCUAGGGGACAAGGGGCCGACACCCCGGGAGGCAGGGCCCAGGAAGGCGGGGAGAGGCCCCGGGAACAGAGAGAAAGCCCCGGGCCCGAACAGGGACCUGCCAGCCCCGGGCAGCGGGAAGAGAGCCCCAAGCCCGAGGCUCCCCGUGAACGGAGCGACAGUGCUGGAGAGCGGGGGACAGAGAGCCCCCGGCGGCGAGGGGAAGGAGGCGGUGGAGAAUGGGGGCUUGGGGUCCCCGGAGAAAGCAGAGAAAGCGCUGGAGAAUGGGGAGCUGACGCCCCCAAGGAGGGAGGAGAAGGCGGAGAGUGGGGGCCCGGGGGCGCCGGAGAGAGCAGAGCAAGCGCUGGAGAAUGGGGAGCUGACGCCCCCAAGGAGGGAGGAGAAGGCGUCCGAGAAUGGGGACCCGAGACUGCCCAGGAGCGUGGAGAAGCCACCAGAGACUGGGCCGCGGGGAGCCCCAGGACCCUGGGAGAAGACGCCGGAGAAUGGGGGGCCAGCCCCGGAGCACUCGCCGGAGAGAGUCCCCACAGCCAGCAUGGCGGCUUCACCCCAGAACGGCACGGAGACGGGCCCUGGCCCCCUUGGCCCAGCCCCCAGGAGCGGGACGCUGGAAGCCGGGACCGAGAGGAGAGCCCACGAGACUGGGGGGGCGCCGAGAGCCCCCGGGGCUGGGAGGCUGGACCUCGGGAGUGGGGGCCGAGCCCCAGUGGGCACGGGGACGGCCCCCGGCGGCGGCCCCGGAAGCGGCGUGGACGCAAAGGUCGGAUGGGUAGACAGCACGAGGCCGCAGCCGCCGCCGCCGCCGCCACCCCCGGAACCACAGCCGAGGAGGCCGGAACCAGCGCCCCCGAGAGCCAGGCCGGAGGUGGCGUCCGAGGGAGAGCCCGGGGUCCCAGACAGCAAAGCCGGCGGCGACACGGCACCCAGCGGAGACGGGGACCCCCCCAAGCCCGAGAGGAAGGGCCCCGAGAUGCCACGGCUCUUCUUGGACUUGGGACCCCCACAGGGGAACAGCGAGCAGAUCAAAGCCAAGCUCUCGCGGCUCUCGCUGGCACUGCCGCCGCUCACGCUCACGCCGUACCCGGGGCCGGGCCCGCGGCGGCCCCCGUGGGAGGGCGCGGACGCCGGGGCGGCUGGCGGGGAGGCCGGCGGGGCGGGAUCGUCGGGGCCAGCGGAGGAGGACGGGGAGGACGAGGACGAGGACGAGGAGGACGCGGCGGCGGCGGGGCCGCGGGGCCCCGGGAGGGCGCGGGCAGCCCCGGUGCCCGUCGUGGUGAGCAGCGCCGACGCGGACGCGGCCCGCCCGCUGCGGGGGCUGCUCAAGUCUCCGCGCGCGGCCGACGAGCCCGAGGACAGCGAGCUGGAGAGGAAGCGCAAGAUGGUCUCCUUCCACGGGGACGUGACCGUCUACCUCUUCGACCAGGAGACGCCCACCAACGAGCUGAGCGUCCAGGGCCCCUCCGAGGGGGACACGGACCCGUCAACUCCCCCAGCGCCCCCGACGCCUCCCCACCCCGCCACCCCCGGAGAUGGGUUUCCCAGCAACGACAGCGGCUUUGGAGGCAGUUUCGAGUGGGCGGAGGAUUUCCCCCUCCUCCCCCCGCCAGGCCCCCCCCUGUGCUUCUCCCGCUUCUCCGUCUCGCCUGCGCUGGAGACCCCGGGACCCCCCGCCCGGGCCCCCGACGCCCGGCCCGCAGGCCCCGUGGAGAACUGACUCCCCGAAGACCCGACCCCCCUGCAGCCCCAGAAGAGGGGUUCAGGGUAGAAUCCUCUGUGGACGACGGAGCCACUGCCACCGCAGACACCGCCUCCGGGGAGGCCCCUGAGGCUGGGCCCUCCCCCUCCCCCACCAUGUGCCAAA